AUGGAGUUGACCACGCAGUCGAAACAAAUGUCGAUCUGCUACAGGCUUUUCAGUGCUGCUAAACAAACAAUUGGUUUUAUGUAUGGAAUAUUUAAGGCCUAUGGAAUAGUUUGGAAAGCAAAGUACAAGCGGCUUAAUAAGCAUGUAGCCCUCAAGAAGAUUUUUGAUGCCUUUCGCAAUAAGACUGAUGCACAGCGAACAUUUCGAGAAAUUGUUUUUUUACGGGAGUUUUCUGGCCAUCCAAACAUUAUUAAAUUACUGGGCGUAAUUCGGGCCCAGAAUGACAAAGAUAUUUAUCUUGUUUUUGAGUACAUGGAAACUGAUUUGCACAAAUUAAUUAAAAGGGGAAACAUUUUGCGAAGUGCUCAUAUGAAGUAUAUUACUUACCAAAUUUUAAAGGCUAUCAAAUACAUCCAUUCCGCUGGUGUUAUACAUCGUGAUCUCAAACCAUCCAAUAUCCUCCUUGACUCUGACUGCAACGCAAAAAUUUGUGAUUUUGGCCUUACUCGUUCCUUGUCACGGUGUAACGCCCCAAAUGAUAAAAAUAGUGUCCCUGAUUUUGACAAUCCCGAGCUAACCGAGUAUGUGGCUACUCGAUGGUACAGGGCACCGGAGAUUUUACUCUCCUCCACUCACUACACCAAAGGCGUUGAUAUGUGGUCAAUCGGCUGCAUUUUGGCGGAGAUUUUUAUCGGCAAGGCCCUAUUUCCCGGAACAUCUACGUUGAAUCAGCUUGAGAAGAUUAUGUCCAUUGGUCCGAAGCCUAGUCGAGAAGGUAGACGGCGUUUGGAGGAUGUGGUCACCCCUGUUCCCGAGCCAAGUGCACUGGAGAUGGUUCGUGGUCUUCUUCAGCUCAACCCCAACAAACGUCUUACGGCUGCUCAAGCGCUCGAACACCACUACGUUUCCCAAUUUCGAGAUCCAGAAAGUGAAUUUGUGAUGGACCACGUUGUUGUACCGCCCCUAAAUGACAGUAAAAAACUUGGCAUUUCGGAAUACCGCUCUCGUCUCUACGAUAUGAUCCUUGAGACAAAAUCUAAAAGACCGCAAAUGAAAAAGCUAAGCUCAUCGGAAAGUGAAAGUGCAUCCAAAGAUUGUAGUGAGAACGGUUCCAGUGUGUCCCCUUCAACAUCCACCGGUUCAAGUACUAUUUCUCUAGAAGACAGUGGCUCCACCACCGCUGCUACUACGACCACUACCGCUUCCGCUGAGACAUCGGCAACAUCUCCAUCGACGGUGUCGAGAUCUCGAAUCGUUGCUCCACCCUCUCCACAACGUCCUAUUCAUCUGCCUCCUGCUAAACAGAGGUCGGAGAAUUCAAAACCGACCACAGUUAAAUUCCAACGAGGGGCUUCCUGUGAAAAUGGGAGCAAAGUUCCACUCAAAUCAAUCCCGGUGACGUGGAUUCCCAAUCAGGAGAACAGGAAGACGACUCGAAAACGUCAAGUGUAUCCAGAUAUUCUGGUGAAGAAUUCACAGCAAAAUCAUCAAGUGAGGCCAUCUAGACAAGCUCUAGGAUGUGGAGAUGCUGCAUUAGGAUUUUCGCAGCCCUCCAUUCCAACAAUAACAACUGCAGCAGCCACAACGACGUCGACAAUGGCAACCUCUUUCACCAGAUCCCAUGAUAUCCCCAUGAUUCUUCGUGGCAACGAAAAUCAUAUGGGUAGUGAUGGUAAUCUCGUUCGGCAUUAUCACCCUCCUGGUCGGCAAAAGACAACCAUCAGCGGGGGAUACUACGAGGGUUGGAGACGAGGAGGGCAGAGGAGUGCCAGUUUGGAUCCGCCUCAUCUACCACUACCGCCACCACUUCCUAAUCCUGCCAACACCGUGACGCAUGCUCGACUUCAUCGCGCCCUUGCUGCACGUCCGAGGAUUGCCUGA